GCCGCUUCACUCCAGUCCAGCGGGUGGCGCUAAAACACAUCCGUUUGUUUGACAAACACCAUUAAACCUCAGAGGAAGAAGUUCAGUUUCACGCGUUCUCUGUUGUUUUGUUGUGAUGCUGGUUUAAUACAAACGUCGUGACUAAGUGUUGAAGCAGGAAUAUCUGGAGGAGUAUCAGCUGAACUGAGAUCUGCUGUGAAGAUGGUGUUUGUUAAAGAGGAGAGUGAGGAGAACAUGAUUGAACCAGAAUCCUGCAGAAUAAAACAAGAGGAACCAGAAACUUGGGGAAUAAAACAGGAGGAACAAGGAGGCCUGAUGAAAAUGAAAGAAGAAAGACAAGAUCUGAAUGAGGUGGAGGAGAAAUAUCAGUGUCAGAAAGAUCAUGAUGCGAUUGGAGAAAAAUCAGUGAGCUGCAGCAUUCAAAUAACGGACGUCAAAAAGCCUUUCAGCUGUUUUCAGUGCGGAAACACUUACAAACAUAAAGGAAGCCUUACGAAACACAUGAUAAUUCAUAGAGAGGAAAAUCCUUUCAGCUGUUUUAAGUGUGGAAACAUUUUCACAUGUAACAAAAACCUUAUGGAUCACAUGAGAAUUCAUGCUGGAGUAAAGCCUUUCAGCUGCUCUGAGUGUGGAAAGAGGUUUACACAGAAAGCACAUCUUCAGAAUCAUUUGGCAACUCACUCUUCAGAAAAGCCUUUCAGCUGCUCUCAGUGUGGAAAGUCUUUCAGACUUAAAGCAACCCUUAAGAAGCACAUGUUAAUUCAUGCUGGAAUAAAGCCUUUCAUCUGCUCUGAGUGUGGAAAUAGUUUUACACAGAAAGGACAACUUGACAAUCAUUUGGUAACUCACUCUUCAGAAAAGCCUUUCAGCUGCUCUCAGUGUGGAAACACUUUCACACGUAAAGAAUACCUUAAGAUUCACAUGUUAAUUCAUGCAGGAAUAAAGCCUUUCAGCUGCUCUCAGUGUGGAAAGAGUUUCGCACAUAAAUCAAACCUUAAGAAGCACAUGUUAAUUCAUACUGGAAAAAAGCCUUUAACCUGCUGACAUCACUGAAUUUAAUAAACUGCCUUUUGAAAAAACUGAAAAUUGAUUGUCCUUUUACAUUGACACACUAUUUUCCUAUUUGAUAGUGUAAAGGUGCUUUGACGUAAUCUGUAUUUUUAAAAGUGCUAUAUAAAUAAAGGUGAUUUGACUUGACCUGCUCUCAGUUUGGAAAGACUUUUACAUAGAAAGGACACUAAGGUUCAUUUGGUAACUCGCACUUCAUAAAAGCCUUUUACCUGCUCUGUGUGGAAGGUCUUUUUGCGCAUGUUCCUUUAAAUGCUAAUGAGCUCUGCUCACCCCACCCCUCGCUUCAGAGGUGAUGAGCCAUUCUCUGACACUGUAAACUUUAGCCGUGGAACUCGCUAACUAGCACAGCCUGUAAGUUCAUGUGUUCAUGUUGUGAGAUGCAGAGAAAAUCACCGCGAGUUCACGUGUGCUUCGGUAUUUGUGUAGUAAAUGAAACCGCGUCUCCGCCAUUCAUACAUACCGAGGAUAACGGAACAUGCAGGAUUCAUAUUUAAACCGUCUUUUUGCGUUUUAAUAUUCACAUACACUAGUUCAUAUCGCGAAUUGAAUUAAGUGACAGACAUUCUUUUAUUCAUCCAAAACUUGACGAAUUCCGUGGCAUUCCGCGCUAUAGAGUAAAUUCAGUUUAUAUGAAUGGACUCCGCCAUCCUGUCCGCGUCUUCUCGGAAACCAUGACCCUAGAAAUUUAAGCACACUUCAGAACAUUUCGGUUUACCAUGUGUUGUGUUUUAAAGAGUUGUAGUGGUGUCAUCAUGUCUCUCUCUCUCUCUCUCAUGCGCCCAAAUGCAUUCUCAGGUACCGAAAUUUGGUACCGAAUGAUUUAGUGUGAAUCGAUACUCGGUAGUACCGACGCAAUUCGGUCGGUACCCUUAAAAGUACCGAGUUCGGUACCCAACCCUAGCACCCACCCACUCCCGCGAUAUAUUCACUCUUUGUUCACUCGCUGUCCGCUUAGAAUAAUUUUCUUCCCGAAUCUCACAUUUAAAUUUCCUCUACUAAAAGAAAAAGAGAUAGGCUAACAAAUAAACGUGUAAAUAAACUGUCUUGUUUGACGACCCACUCGGGUGAUCACCUGAAAUAGUCGUUAAUGACUUGUAUCAGGCAAAAGUCAAAACUCCCAAUUAUUACAGACAUGUGAUAUUAUAGCUAACUCUGCUCAUGCAUUUAAACAAGACAGUGGAAAAAAAAAAAAAAGGUAAAACCCUACAAAGUCAUCCAAUGUAUAAAAUCUCCCUACUGCAUGCAUUAGAAGGUUUUGGAAGAGCCACACUCUGUUGUCUGUGGUUGGACCAGGAAGGUCCCAGGCAAGACAAAGAUUGAGAACUUGUGUUUUUUCUUCCUCUGACAGCUCCAUGUCUUCGGAUAACUGGAAGAGAAAAAAAACACAAAAAAAACCCUAGUAAAGUUUCAAUAGAUUUUUUUCACAUUUCCGGGUUUCUCAGCAGCGGAACUCGUCAUAGUUGUGUAAACUUCGAGAGCAGUGAAUGAGACAGUACCACAAAUAAAUUCUUAGCAUUCUCAUUUGCUCAAAUAGCAAAAUAAAUCUCCACGAUAGUGUUUAUGACUUUCAAAAAAAGAAAAGAAAUUGAGGGAGACUGAUAAUGUCAGUCAGAAGAGAGAACGAAGUCAAAUUUUCCGUUCCUCCCAUAGACGCUGCAUUAGAAACACCCUUGCAUUAGCAUUAAUAUUUUUUGUAAUUUGAUGCAAAGGCGAUAUAAUACAAAGUAGUGUUAUAAAGGUACAUACAUUUAAAAAAAAAAAAAUUACAUAAAACGUUUGAGGAUUUAUGAUGCUGAAGACAAACGCAUCAUCACAAUCUUGUGAAAAGGGCCCAUAUAUAAUUUUAAAAUGUAAUUCAAUAGCACCCACCAGUGUAAUUGUUUCUCUGUGAUCAAUAUCAGGGCAGUCUUCCAAGCACAGCAAAGAGGAUACUUCCUCUUGUGAACCCCCAGUGAGGAAACAAAUAAAAGUAGGGCUUAGUCCUGAAAGUGUAGGACCUCUGUGAAGAUAGGAAUGUCCUAUGAGCCGGCCAGCCAUGGUAAAAAGAUCACUUUCCACCAAAAUUGUGGAUGCUGAUGGGACCAAAUGAUCUGCCUCACCAUCAAAAAGUCUGGUUAUCCUUUUGACAAAUGUUAGAAAAAUGACAAGAAAAACAGGCAUUGGAGUAAAAUCAAACAGAAAGGAUAUAUUGAGAUAUAUAAAACAGUAGAUUGUUUUAUAUAUCUCAAUCUUAAACGCAAACCUAUGUUGAAAUUGAAUCCAGGUUUCAGUUUAUUCAUCAUUGUUGAAAAGACAUGUCGUGUAACUCCUUUACCAACCGCAGCAUCACCUUAGGAAAAAAUGAAGUCACAUCAUUUUAAACUAAAUAUAACUGCACCGUCUUUAAAACUUUGCAAAACAAUAUCAACAUCACUAUGGGAAAAUUGUGGGUCAUUACCUUUUAAGUUGAACUUCACUGGAGCAGCCCAAUUCACAUGUUCUUGCUUGUAGAACAAAAAGACUGCACUAUCUUGUUCUUCCAAGUCAUCAGUAACCUUAAUAGUCAGAGUUAGACUUGGGCUGUCCUCAUUUUGACAGCAAAUCUCUUGGACAAAAAGCUGACUAGCCUUCUUUGGGCACGGUUCAGUUUUCCAUGCUGGAAGGAAAGGGGGGAAAAAAACAAAUCACAAGAGCAGCACCAUUCAAGAAACUGUCAACCCUGCUGAAGAAAACAACUUCCAUUUCAACAUUGUUUGAGUGAGUAAUUAAUGACAGAAUUAAAUUUUUGGGUGAACUAUCCCUUUAAACUAACAUUUUAUUACUCCAGGUAACGUUAAUUAUUCUAUGUUUCAUUCAGUUCCACUGUUACAUUCAUUGCGGUAAAAAGAAGACUGCAUUAUCAUUCCCACAGCAAGCAUUGUCCUCACGAUACAAUACAAAAGUAUGUGCAAUCUGUCAAUUGAAAUGUAAUAUUCACUCAAAUCCAAACACUGACUUUUUUUUUGUUUGGUUUGGGCUGGGCAGUGUACAAUGCUAUUGUUGUUAAUGAGAUAACUGUACUGAAUAUGUCUGUUAUUAAAAAAGACUAUGUCAUGAUUCCUCAGGCUCAAAUGGUUGUUUUUAGUAAUUGCACUGCUUGUAAUUUUAUUUAUGUCUAUAAGAUCACCUGUCUGUCAAAAACUUGUUUAAAAUAAAAAUGUUAUGGUCCUGUAUUAGGCAAAUAACAAACUGAAACAAUUACAUCUUUAUUCAGACAUGACAACAACAAAAAAUAAAAUUUUGUAUGGUCUCCUUUGACCUUGAUAACAGCUUCUGUUCUUCUUGUCAUUGUUUUUUUGUACUUUUCCAGAGUUUUUAUUUAAUAACUGAGCAUAAAAGAAGCCUAGAAUUUGAAGACGCAAAAGCCCCUUAGCGCUGAAAAUUAAACAUUUUACACUUUGUCCACUUGAAGUUCAUUAAGUGCCCUCCUGAGGAAGGCGCGAAGACUCCACAUGACAUCUUUGAAGGUAAUGUGUACAGAUCAUAGACUGUAAAAAAAAAAAAAAAAUGGACGACGCGAUUCGUUUGGAGCCAGAGUCUGCGCAGUAGAGUCGUGAGGUGGAGCCGCGGAAUCAAACUCCCGCAGACCCAAUCAACCAUAACGACACGCCCCGUUUUUAUAGCAUCAAAUUACUAGCUAAAAUCAAACUUAUCACAAAAACGAACAAUUGAACAUAUAUCAGUGUGAUAACAGCUACCUUAAAUGACCAAAACCAUAUUUCGGAAAAUUGUAUUGGAAGUGUAGUUUAUUUUUUUAUUUUGACUGAAGUCCCAUUUGUUUACAUGGAGAGGGCGGGGUUUAUGA